AUGGUUCAUCGGUCAACUUUAUAUCGUCGUCGGAAAAGACUUCAGCAAGUUCUAUGUAUUGAUACAAAUGAGAGAUCAGGUUCUCAAAAUAAUGUGCAACAACAUGUGCUUACUACAAAUUCAUUAUCUUCAUCAGGAUUAAAUAGUUCAAGUAAAAAUGAUGAUGAAAAUGAAUGGUUCAACAUGGAUGAAGAAGAUAUCAAUUAUAAUUCUAGUGAUACAUUUAAACUUGAUGAAUUUGUUUCAAGCAAAUUAACUGCUACACCUAAGGAAAAAGAGAUUGCAGCGGCUUUGAUUCUACUAAAAGGACGUCAUAAACUUUCCAAUACUUGUAUUAAACAUAUAUGUUAUCUUUUACGUUCAUUAAAAGUACCUAAUGUACCAAAAAGUUAUUCUCGAAUUUUUCGUAUUUUUCAUCAUGAAACCGAAUCAAAGGAAAAAUCAACUAUGAUGAAUAUUUGCAAUGAGUGCAAUAAAACUUGCACAAAUGCUAUUAAAUGUGAUAAUAUUGUAUGUAGUCAACAUAAAUGUUUUGAAAAUGCUCCUUUACAGUUUUUAUAUAUGCCUAUAUUACCUCAAAUUCGAAAUAUUCUUGCUCGUACAGAACAUUUAAAUUUUGAACGUCAAGAUCAAUCUAUAUACUCAACCAAUAAUAUGAAAGAUAUUACUGAUGCAGCAGCAUAUGAUCGAAUCUUAUCACAACAAUCACGAACAAAAUUUAUCUCAUUACUCAUGAAUAUUGAUGGUGUUCGGAUAGCUAAAAGCUCGAACACAUCCAUAUGGAUUGUUAGUUUUGUUAUUAAUGAAUUAAAACGAAAUGAAAGAUUCCAAAUGAAAAAUGUCAUAACUGCUGGUGUAUCAUAUGGUAAAAAUAAACCAUCACGAGAUCAAAUGUAUAUUAUGCUUACUCCGAUUGUACAAGAACUACAGCAGUUAGAAUAUGGAAGAUAUUUUAAUUUAAAAGCAUUGAAUAAUAAUCUUGAACCACUUCGAAUUUUCUUAUUAGCAGCUUGUUUAGACAAACCAGCUCAAGCCAUCGUUCAAAACUUGGGUGAACCAAUUGGUGCAUAUGGAUGUGGUAGAUGUGAAUUGGUCGGUGAAACAGUUUAUACUGACGUUGAGUCAAACCACAAGAUUCGAGUAUUUCCAUUAUUACCGAAAAGACAAACUCAACCUCGUCUUCGAUCAAACUUUACACAUGAUGAAAUUAUUAAUAUCGAUGAAAAUGAUAAACCUGCUGAUGAAGAUGAAUUACGUGAUAUGAUGCGAGGUCAUGUUGGACCAUGUGUACUAAGACCUCUUAAAUAUUUUGAUGUUGGGCAUAGUUUUUUGUCAGAUACAUUACAUAACGUGUAUCACGGUGUUAUGAAACGAUUAUUACAUUUGUGGUUCGAUCGGAAAUAUCGUAAACAACCAUGGUCUCAGUACCAAAAGAUAAAACAAGUGGAUGAAUACUUGUCGAACUAUAGAUAUCCUUCGAAUAUAACAAGAAGGCCACGGUCAAUUAUUAAAUUUCAUUUGUUCAAAGGUAACGAGUAUAGAUCUUUAUUACUAUUUGGUUUUAUGGCAUUCAAAUCUUGUUUAUCUACAAUAUAUUAUAAUCAUUUUUUACUUCUUGUUAUUGGUACUCAUCUGAUCGAAUCACGUUCAAUCAAUCAAAAACAAGUUGAAUUAAUUCAAGUAUUAUAUGAAAAAUUUCUUCGUUUAUUUUCUGUUUUGUAUACAUCACGACAUAAUGUACAAUCUGUGCACAGUCUUCAUCAUUUUUCUGCUAGUGUGAAAGAAUGUGGUUCAAGUAGUAAUUAUAGUACUUUUAAUUUUGAAAGUUUUUUAGGAAUAUUAACAGGUUCAAUUCAUGCAACUCGACGCUAUGGUACUGAAAUUGAAAACAAUAUUCGAGUACUUCGUGAAGCAUGCAUUACAUUUGAUCAACCUGGUUUCAAUUUAUCUUUGCAUAAAUUUUUGAACAACAUGCAAAGAACUAAACGAACGAUUAUAUUUGAUUCUCGAUCAGAAACUGUUAAACAUCAUGUACGUGUUCAUACUCGUGAUACUGAUUCUAUUGCUUUAAAACAUAUACAACAAUCAAUAAAUAAUAAUAAAAUUGAUUUGUUCAAAACUUGUCAUAUUGGUUCCAAUCGAUUUACUACAUUAUCUGAUAAUAAAACAUCUACUUUUACUGAUUCUUGUAUUUUAUUUACUAUUAAUGACACAUUACGAUUAGGUUUUAUACGUCAUAUUAUUCGUGUUAAUUGUAUUAAACAAUGUUCGUACUUAUGUCAAGUUCAGUUAGUCACUAUUGACUCAUAUCUUGAUAUAAAUAUAAAUGGAGAUGUUGUACCUUGCAAAAACGUUCUUUUUGGUAAUCUGGAUCCGCUCAACUCAUAUGUGUAUAUAAAAUUUGAAGAAAUUAUUGAAAAGAUUAUUCAUGUUUUUGAUAAACAAUCAAAACGAUUUAUAUUUUUUCGAUUUCCCAAUUUAGUUGAAUCUUCAUGA